AUCCAAUGAUUAUCCUGCGGAACGGUGUUGCUUUUAAUACACCCGCAAUUAUCGCGAUCUGGUUUACCAAGCGUGUUCGUAAUCAAUGUUUUCUGGCGACCCUUUUCCUGCAUCGACUUGCAAUGUGCUGUUCGUCAGUGUCGUUUUUUUUAAGUUUCUUGGUUCAUCUUCUGCAUAUUCAAAAAUGCACUCCUGGCGCCGACUUCUCUCGACUUUGGCUCUCCUGUCAUCCGCAGUUGCUGUACCAGCUGCCAGUUCAGUGGUGUCAUCAGCUCCGGCAGCUAGCCCAACUGUCCCUUAUGCCAGCGACGACCCCAACUAUCCUCUGUGGGAUGCAUCUGAAAACAUAAUCCCCGAAGCUAUCCGUGGUACCCUUGGGAGUACCAUCCUGGGACCCCAAAAUAUUCCGCUGGAGCUGCAAAACCCCGACCUCCUUGCUCCUCCUACCACCGACAGUGGCUCUGUACCAAAUUAUAAGUGGCCUUUUUCCUUAAGUCACAACCGCCUUCAGACUGGUGGUUGGGCAAGGCAGCAGAAUAUGAAUGCCAUGAGUGUCGCUACGGCUUUGGCAGGCGUCAAUAUGCGCCUGGAAGUAGGUGCCAUCCGUGAGAUGCACUGGCACAACGAUGGCGAGUGGGCAUAUAUUAUCUCGGGUGACCUUCGUGUCAGCACUGUGACUCCAGAUGGUCAAGUAUACCUCGGUGACGUUUCACAAGGGGAUCUGUGGUAUUUCCCUGCAGGUUAUCCGCACAGUAUUCAGGCCAAAAACACCACAGCCAACGGCGCAGAGUUUUUGUUGGUCUUCGAUUCUGGCACGUUCAGUGAAGAUUCCACCUUCCUUCUUACGGACUGGCUGGCCCAUGUGCCCAAAGAGGUUAUCGCAAAGAACUUCCAGGUUAAUAUAUCAGCAUUCGAUCACAUCCCAGCCUCAGAAUUGUACAUAUUUCCGUCUACACCUCCUCCGGUAAACAUCGAGUCGGAUAUGGUGGUUCCCAAUGACACUCCGAUGCCUUUCACCUUUGCCCUGUCACAGGUGAAUGCAACGCAGGCACCUGGAGGUACAUACAAGGUUGUAGACACGCGCACAUUCCCUGCGUCUACUACAGUUUGCGGUGCUGAAGUAACCGUCGAGGUUGGCGGCAUGAGGGAGCUUCAUUGGCACCCUACGGAACCCGAGUGGACUUACUUUGUCUCCGGCAGCGCUCGCAUUACCGUUUAUGCAUCCUCAGCUCAGGCAAUGACAACGGACUUCCAAGCUGGUGACAUCGCAUACAUCCCACCGUCGUUUGGUCAUUACGUUGAGAACACUGGCAAUACCACUUUGACGUUCCUGGAAAUUUUCAGAUCAGGCUUGUUCCAGGAUAUUUCUCUCAAUCAGUGGCUUGCAUUGACGCCUCCCGAGCUUGUCAAAGCACAUCUCGGCCUCGAUGACGCUACCAUUGCCAGCCUUUCCAAGGUUAAGCAGGAGGUCGUCGGUCCCGUUUAUUAAUCAACUUCGCGAUGUUCAAAUUCCCGGACUUAUUUAUCGCAACGGUAAAACGAAUAAUUUGUCACGUAUCUGUACGAGUUUUUCAGCGUUAGCAUCGCUUGUGAAUUUUGUGAACGUACUAAAGGAGUUUUUAUUCGCUAUCAUUUAGAGAUGAUCCUUAUGAUCAUGGUAUUUUGACUUUUGAGUUGUACUUGUAGCCAAUAUACCAAGUUGACUGAUUCAGUGUUUCCUACUACUUUUGUGUCACGCGUGAUCAGAAG